AUGACUCGUCUUGGUUUCAUUUCUCUCUUUACUGUGUCGCUGCUCCUCCGGCAAAAUGCAGUCAGAGCCCAACAGGACGCUAGCGGUACUUCUCCAAAAGCGACAACAUUGGAAUGCUUGGAAGCUAUGAACGGGCUGAGGACGGCCGCAGGGCUCGCCGAAUUUAAAGCUGCUUCGGAUCCUGCGCAAGUUCUACCGAAAUAUGAGAAAACUGGCCAAAGGAGCGUUCAAAUAAACGCAGAAACAUUGUGGGGGGAAAUAUGCCCCAAAAUUACAGCGACGGAUUCCACGAGAGUUACUCAAGCUUCUAAUCUGACUGGUACAUUUGCGUACUACCCUGUCGCGGACGACAAAAAUGAUUGCAACGCUGCAGUGGAAUAUUGGAAGGGCGGAUUUUCCCUUUUCGAUAAUGAGAUCCCCCCGAAAUACGAAGGCACAAACCAGCCCACCGUGUACAGUGACAGAGCUGUUUCAUUUGUCGCCCUCUACAACCCCAAGCCCGAACCCGUUGUCAGCUGCGUGCUCCUCCAAUGCCCUACGGCUUCCACUCCUGCCCCUGGUACCCCUGGUGUCCCUGGUUCUUCACGAAGACUCUCGGAUAGCUCCACUACAGUCGACUCUAUCAUUUGUUUGACUAAUCCCCCUGCUUUGACUAAAAGCGCAGCGCCAUUCAAGUAA